UGGGGUUCAGAAUGCCCUCUAUCCUAACAGGCCACGGCCCAGAGUCGCCCCUUCCUUUCCCUUUAACUGAUUUUUCAUUCCCCUGGACAAUCCAAAACCAACUCCACUCCACCCAUGGCCGCGCCAAUGCACUCCUUCAGACACCUUACCAUCAUCCACUCUCAGUUCCAUAGACUCCAAAAGCUUCAGAAGUUCCACUCGCUAGCAUCCCUCGAUCCUUCUUCCGUCACCCAGUACCCGGAACGACAACAGCAGCGGCGACAAGAAACAGGCCUGAAAACACAAGAAAACCGAGUCAUUAACAAGAAUAAGAAGGAUAGUAUUGAAUCAAAUGUUGAUAACAAUAGUUUUAGCUCAUUUUUUCCGAAGAGAGGCCAGACUUUGGAGUUGGUUUGUGAGUCUUUGGCUUUCAAAGGGAAGGGUGUGUGCAAAGUGGCAGAUACUGGUUUUGUCGUCUUGUGUGACCGUGCACUCCCUGGUGAAAGGUUCAUUGGGCGAGUUACGCGCAGAAAGGGAAGUUAUGCCGAGGUAACCAAGGUGAAGACAAUGUCUCCCCAUUGGGAUAUUAUAGAUGCCCCUUGUGAGUAUGCAUCAUAUUGCGGGGGUUGUAAGACACAAAACCUGUCAUAUGAGGCUCAGCUCAGAGCUAAGGAGCAGCAAGUGCUUGAGUUGAUGAUACAUGUCGGGAAGUUCUCACUUGAAGAUGUGGAUAUGAAAUCUAUUGUUCCCUGUGAUAUUAAAUUUCAUUACAGAAAUAAGAUGGAGUUCUCAUUCGGUUCUAAAAAAUGGUUACCUAGAGAAUUGCUAGAAGAGAAACAAGAUGGCAUUGAGAACUAUGCAUUAGGGCUGCAUGCUCCAGGCUUUUUUGACAAGGUUUUAAAUGUCGAUAAGUGCUUGUUACAAAGUGAGCCUGCUAACAUGGUUCUGGCAAUCAUCCAGGACGUUUGGAGAGAUCCACAGCUAGGCCUCACUCCUUAUGAUGUUAAAUCUCAUGUUGGGUUUCUCAAGCAUCUAAUGCUAAGAACUGGAAGGAAUGCUAAGACUGGUUUGCAUGAGCUCAUGGUUAACUUUGUCACCUCGUCUUACAAGCCACAGAUGUUGAAGCCUCUAGUUGAAAAGAUUUCAACUAUUCCAGAAGUGGUAAGCAUCAUGAACAAUGUAAAUUCUUCUGUUGGAAACACGUCUGUUGGGGAGGAGGAGUACACUUUAUAUGGAAAAUCCACCAUCACUGAGACCUUAAGAGGACUUACAUUCCAAAUUUCAGCCAACUCAUUUUUUCAAACAAAUACGCAUCAGGCGGAGGUUCUGUAUAAACUUAUUGAAGAUUGUGCUGGACUUGGAGGAGAUAACUCAGAAAUUGUUCUUGACCUAUUUUGUGGCACUGGAACCAUCGGAUUGACACUUUCCAAAAGGGCUAAACAUGUUUAUGGCUAUGAAAUUGUUCCUCAAGCAAUCUCAGAUGCUUGUAGAAAUGCUGAGUUGAAUGGUAUCACAAAUGCUACAUUUGUGCAAGGGGAUCUUAACAAAGUUGGUGAAAGUUUUGGCAACAAUUUUCCGAAGCCUGACGUUGUCAUUUCAGAUCCAAAUCGCCCUGGCAUGCACAUGAAGUUGAUAAAAUUUCUGUUAAAGCUUAAAGCUCCACGCAUUGUUUAUGUGUCAUGUAAUCCAGCCACAUGUGCACGUGACCUUGAUUACCUUUGCCAUGGUGUGAAAGAGCAAAAUAUAGAAGGCUGUUACAAACUUAAAAGCCUGCAGCCAGUGGACAUGUUUCCUCAUACCCCUCACAUUGAGUGUGUGUGCCUAUUAGAACUUCGCUGAUCCUUGUUCGUAAUUGCUCACUUACCAAUCGUGGUUAUCUCUCUGGCCAAAGCUCUGCUCAGAUUUCUGAAUUAGUUGGUGAUGGCCAUUUCUAGGAGUCAGCCAGGUUGCUUUGUGUUCAUUUGAAGAAAAAAUUUUGGAGGUGUCCGAGGAGCAAUUUUUGGCUUUGCAUUCAAGGUAUGAUUCUGACAUGCAGGGGACGAUAGCAAAAGCAGGUGUCAGAGGAACGAAGUUUGGUUGAUUACUUCUCCCAUUGAUUAUUGGAGCUUAAAGAGAAACUUGUAAACUCGUAUAGGUGAAGCAAGCAGCAGAUUCCUCCCAUCACUUGUGCAUUUUUGUGUAUGAAGAUGUCAUUUUUCGUGCAGUAAAACCAUCUUGAUUUUGAGAUAUACAGCUGGGAAAAUAAAAUAAAAUAGGGAAAAUUACUUUUUA